AUGACAAAAAAUAAAAUCAUUUUAAUUUUUUUUUUUUUAAAAAUUUAUGUAAUUUUAGCGCAAAUUUAUAAAUCAUGUGCAGAUUGCGAUUGUGAUGAUAUUAUUAAAUGUAAUGAUGGUACAUUAUGCAAUGGCCCAAUCGAUGGUAAAACAGAUCAGAUCAAAAAAUCAUUCAUUUACAUAUCUGGGAAUCAGCAAUCAAACUACACUUAUUUUAAAGACGAUUAUUCGUUGAAAUGGGAUGCAAUAGAUAUCAUAGCGUUGUAUGGAAGAAAUUAUGACAAGAGGAUAUCAUGCUUGGCGCAUCAAAAAAAGGUCAAGGUGCUUUUCAACUACGAGGAAACAAGUUUCUGCAAUGUAUUUAGAGACCCCAAUUGCACAUGGGAUUUGAAUGUCAUUGAAAAGCAAUUACCAAGGAUACUAACAACAUUGCAAGAUAAUAAUAUCGAUGGUAUCAAUUUAGAUUUUGAAGUGGGUAAUAGAUAUGGCGAAGAAAAACAGUAUGCAUUUUUAUUAAAAACGAUAAACGACUAUUUAAAAUCAAAAAAUAAAAAUUAUAUUGUAUCCUCAGCCAUUGCACUAAGAUAUAGAGAUAAUUUUAAAAAUCAAAUUGUGGAUGUAUUAGAGAAUUCAGACUAUUUAACCAUAAUGGCAUACGAUUUAAAUUCACUUCAAAAAGGAUCCAAUUUUACCCAGUCACCGAGCUCUCCAAUAACAGUAAGAAAUGAUUUAAAAAACUUUUAUAUUGACAGAUUACCAAAUCAAUACCUUAACAAAGUUAUUUUAAUAUUACCUUAUUAUGGGUAUAUUACAAAAUGUAAAAGAAAUGACAACUCUAGUUACUAUAGUAAUGACGACAAUGGAUUACUUAGCAAUGAAUGUAUCAUCGAUGAUUUCAAACCAAGACAAAUCACUUACAAAGAAAUAGACAGUUUAGUGCACAAUAAAAAGAAUAAUAUUGGUAUCAAUAUAAAUAUUAUAAUAAACAAUAACAAUAUCAAUAUAAACGAAAAUGAAAACAAUAUAGUCCUAUCUUCCGGGACACUAUAUGAUUCUAAAAAUUUAACACCAUAUUCAAAUUUAAUCGACUCAAAUGGUGACAGAUGGCAAAUUACCUUUGACUCACCCUUUUCGAUUUAUUCAAAGACAAUUUCAAUUGGAGUUGGUGGUGUGGGCUGUUGGUCAUUAGAUAAAAUUCAAGGUUUACCCCAAUCAAUAGUAGACUCUUUCUACUAUUCAAUCAAAAAAGAAAAUAUUGGUAAUAACUUUAUAUUAAACCCAUACUAUUAA